AUCGGCGGCCGCUUCCGGUAGCAUCAGGGGCAGGGCCGCUUGACGAUCCCGACAAGAGCUGUCGCCAGGCGUACAAAACGCCCAAUGUCUAGGAUUGGCUGUGAUGGAGAGUGUCUCGGCCAAUCACCUUUCUCUACGGACUUGGAGGGGCGGUGCUAAUUGACCUAAACCAAACCGUGGCCGAGGUAGGGAACAGGGCGGGGCAUCUCCUGCCAAUUGGAAGUGCUAGAAGGCGGGUCUGCCAGUCUGUGUACAGCUACAGCGCCAUGAACAUCUUGCCCAAGAAGAGCUGGCAUGUUCGGAAUAAGGACAAUGUCGCCCGCGUGAGGCGUGACGAAGCUCAGGCCAGGGAGGAAGAAAAGGAGCGUGAAAGGAGGGUACUGCUUGCUCAACAAGAGGCUCGCACAGAGUUCCUAAGGAAGAAAGCCAGGCAUCAGAAUUCACUGUCUGAACUCGAUGCAGCAGAGGCAGGAGCUCCAAGGUCUGGCCCUGUGGACCUGUUCCGGGAUUUGCUGGAGGAAGGGAAAGGGGUGACCAGAGGCAAUAAAGACUAUGAAGAAGAAAAACGACAGGAAAAAGAGAGGCAAGAAAAAGCGCUGGGCAUCCUGACAUACCUGGGCCAGAGUGCAGCAGAGGCCCAGACUCAACCCCCUUGGUACCAGCUCCCCCCAAAGCGAGGGGGUUCCCCAACAGGCUCAGGCACAGAUGAGAAGAUCAAGAGCCGACUAGACCCCUUACAGGAGAUGCAGAAACAUCUGGGGAAGAAGAGAAGGCACAGCAGUGAAGAACGAGGUCACAACAGAAAGGGAAAAAUGGAAGGAUCUGAGAAGCAGCGGCCCAAGCAGCCCCCAUCCCUGGACCAGCUUCGAGCUGAGCGUCUUCGGCGGGAAGUGGCUGAGAGGGCUCGGGCUGAGGCCCUGCUGGCCCGGAUCCAAGGCAGGGUACCCCAGGAAGGUCAGCCAGAGGAAGAGAUAGAUGAUCGACGCCGGCGGUACAACUCUCAGUUCAACCCCCAGCUAGCCCGGCGGCCCCGCCAGCAGGAUCAUCUUGCUCACUGACUCCUGAGGGGGUACAGGAGAGGCUGUGCUGCCAGCCGUCAUAUAAAACUAUUUAUUCAUAAAUAUUUUCCAAAAUGAAAA